AAGUGCGAAGUAAUAUGUCACGGUUGUUGGAAAUGUUAAUGUCACUUUUAUCUUUGAAUAUAAAAUAUAAAUUAUAAUUUAUAAGUUAUUCACCUCUUUAUUUAUAACAACUUAUUGUUAGUUGUUACUACACGCCUUCAAAUAAGUAUUCUUUUAUCUCUUUUCGUGUUUACAUUAUGUUGAAUAGAGACAGACAGUGCUUCUGUUGAAAGUUGGAUUGAGUUUUUAGAAAUAAGAGGGAUUUUUUAAAUUUGUGCGUCUUUUUAUUUACAUCAAAUUAGGAUACAGAUCUUCAAAACAGAAUUUUACUUUUAAUUCAACUGUAGAAAUAAGAUUGAAAAAUAAAAUGUGAAAAGUUUCACGAGUGCCUUAUAUUAAGUCAUUGUAUUCAUAAUGUUAAAUUAUUAUAGGGUUAAAGUUAUAAAUCAUGUGCUAUCCAACCCUCGUUCUCAAACACUGUUUAGGUGUUGGUGUAGUUCAAAUAUAGACAGUAAAUAUUCGGAAUCUGAAAAACAAAAAGUCUUAGAGGUUAUAAACAAAUCAGAUAUUUCAACACUCUCCAAGUAUGAUGUCACAAAAGGUAGAUCAAAAAAUAUAUCUCAAUGGAUAAACACAUAUGGACCACUAAAGAAUAUUUGUGAGGUUGAAACUAUAGAUGGAUUUACUGAAAAGCAUGUACAGAAAUUAUUUGAAAGUAUUAUACAUAAUAAGGUCAAACCUGAAAAAGAAACAAAUGCCCUACAGCAAAUAAAAGGACAAAUACUAAAUCCACCAUUAACAGAAGUGACACGGCAGGCCGCAAACACCAUAUUAACUGUGUAUGUUACAGUGAAUUCAGUAUCAUGGGCCUUAAUUCACAAGCACAAUUAUGAGGUAGCAGAUUGGCAGUAUCAUGGUAUUGAGUAUCCGGAUAAGAGAUUUCAGCUAGGUGAUAUUUUAGAAAUUGCCUGGAAUAUAACAAAUAAGCUGCCUACAGCAGAUCUAUAUGUAAUGAAAGCUGAGGCGACUAGCCUUAGAGCAUCUGGUAGUGAUCCUAAUAAUCCUAAAGUACUUGGUGUCAAUUUGCAAAAGGCACAAAUGGUAUCAAUGAUUGUUGCCCUUAUAUCAACAAAGAAUCAGGAUUUGUUUCAAGAAGUUAGCAAGAAAUCUGAAAAAACUAAAACUAAAUUUAAGCAGAACGUUUAUUUUUUACGAUCUUCACUACCGUUUCGGUUAUAUGGUACUCUUAUUGGUAACGAAAGAGUGGCGUCAGACCAAACAGUGGAAAUGUUACUUCAAGACAACAAAAUGAGAUCCUCUGAUAACUCCCAUGUGUAUGUCCCCGAGGACCUGAAAUCGUCGUUUAGGUCGCAACGAGAACUGCCCAAGGAUAUGAUGGGCCAGUGCCUAUUAUUUGCUUUAACAUUCAUGGACCUAUGUAUUUAUAAAAAUCAGGAUAAAAUUCAGAAAUUGUUAUCAAAGAAAGUUGAAUGAAAUUUAUUUUAAACCGUA